UGUGGUUUCUUCCGUUUGUUAAUAUUUUUUACCUAAAUUUGUUGCUAUUGUGAAGUUCAAAUUGCAUAAAUGAUAAACAGGAUUGUCGUGACUCUAACUGAAGAAGAUCUAGUAUUGCCGUCAGUUGUCAUUUAAGAGUUGAAGAGCCUAGUCUAUGUGAGGUGAUGGAAGAAACCACAGUAACCCACAUGGAGACAGACGUGUCGUCCACUACUGGAGAUGUCCUCGACAUGCAGGAAGUGACCGGUUCCGAUGGUAAUGUCGAGAUGGUUGUGAUUGUGGAGCAGGUCAAUGAUGAUGUAAGCAAUAACUGCCUCAAUAACGACGACAGUGAGACCAGCCAGGAAGAAGAUAUUGGUAACCAAAACAGUAUUUCAUUUUCUCAAAUAUCCCCAACUAAGAAGUCACCAUACAAAGGUCAGAAUUCUCAUAGCAUAAUUGAUAAAUCAGCUAUAAGGCCGGAAGUGAUACCAAAUCCUGAUGUACAACAUAACAAUAGUCUGGAAAUUAUUGAUUUAGUGCAUUCAGAAGAAACAGUAGACUCUUCUUGUAAGACUGAUACCCAAAUAUCUCCUAAUAAAGAGUCCCUUAAUAAAUCAUCAAAUAAAGAAAUACAGAAUAUUCCAGAUAAAGAAAUCCAGAGUUCCCCAAAUAAAGAAACUCAGAGAAUUCCAAACAAAGAAAUUCCAAGAACUGUGAAUAUAGGUAUUCAGAUAACUUCAAAUAAAGAAAUCCAGAGAACUCCAAAUAAAGAAAUUCAGAGAACUCCUAAUAAAGAAAUUCAGAGGACUCCAAAUAAAGACAUUCAGAGGACUCCUAAUAAAGAAAUUCAGAGAACUCCAAAUAAAGAAAUUCAGAGGACACCAAAUAAAGAAAUUCAAAGGACACCAAAUAUAGAAAUUCAGAGAACUCCAAAUAAAGACAUGCAGAGAACUCCAAUUAAAGACACUCAGAGAACUCCAAAUAAGGAAAUUCAGCUAUAUAAAGAAAUAAAGAGAUCACCGAUUAAGGUAAGCCAAAAUACUUCAAAUUCUGAGACUGAAAUCACCUUAAGUACCACAUACCAGAGUUCGCAAAAUAUGGAAAUUGAAAUAUCUUCUAUUAAACGGUCAGAGGCAACACCAGAUAAAAUUCCAACUGAUAAGUUAAAUGUACAAAACCCUCCUCAAAUACUGUCCAUAAAAUUACAAGAAGCAAUAAGAAGGCCAAUUAAAGAAAUUUCAGAAAACCUAAAAAUUAAUGGUAAACAUGGGGUGGCAGACACUGGAAACAUAGGAAGCAAUGGUAAUACUGUUCCAAUAGAAGUUAUGAUAGGGAAAGAAAGUUCAAAUGAUUCCCAGAUGGAUACAGGCUCUGAUAUAUCAGAGAGGGACCAUAAUAAAAGUAUAAGUAGGGAGCUCAAAUCUCUAAUAAAUUCUGCCAAAGAGUCGAAGAUAAUUAGUGAAUGCACUCAACUUACAAGCAAGACCAGGAAGUCAAGGUCUAAUUUAGACACUUCAAAUACAAGUCUCAAUGCUUCUGUGGAAGCUGACAAAAUAUUGGUUGUAAGACGAAACAGUAGCAACUCAUUGAAGAGCAAUUCCAGUGAGAAGUCAGAGAAGAUAGCAGUCAAAAGAUCCAUGAGGUCCCAGAAUCCUGAGUUUGCAAACAAGGUAAAAUUGUUUCUCAAUUCAGUAAAAAAAGCACAAAAAUAUGCCGAUGAUAUAUCUGAUGUGGAGAUGGAGGAAGUUAAAAGUAAAGAGCAGCAAAAUAAUGCAGUCACUUAUACACCUAAGAGGAAAAGGGCUGAUGUUGAAGUUCAAGACAAAUCAAACAAGCUCCGGUCAGACUCAUACUGUUGGAGAUGCCACUGGGCUGUAGAGCAGCCGGUUAAUGAGAAAACUCAUGUACCAAUGGAAUGCACAGUCUGUCCAAGAUCCUUUCACUAUAAGUGCCUGUCUGGUGUGGAGCGAAGUAAAAUUGAUCCAGAAAAAAGCUGGGUGUGCCCUGAAUGUAUGGGAGUGCUGCAUGCCGAAAGUUCAGAGACCAGAUCAGUAGCUAUGAAGAAAAUAUCACUGGGAAUGCUACAAGAACUCCUGAAAUACGCAUUGGAGAGAAUGAUGGUACUCAAUGGGGUGGAGCCAUUCAUGCAGCCAGUAGAUCGGACGGCAUUCACUGACUACGACAAGUACGUAGUACAUCCAAUGGAUCUGACACUAAUGAAGCAAAACAUCGAACUGGGCAGAUACGGCAGCACGGAGGCCUUCUUAGCAGACGCGCAAUGGAUACUACACAACAGCAUUAUAUUCAAUACAUGUAAGUCUCUUUAGUAUGUCAUUUCAAAAUUGACUGGUGGUGCCCGCGGUCUGGUUCGCUCCUGCCGCGCCGAGAUGGGCGAGAUCGAAGCGUGCCCGGAGUGCUACGCCGCCGCACAUGCUCGCCGCCCCACGUGGUUCACAGACGUCUGCUCUACGCCACAUGUGUUACUCUGGGCGAAGCUUAAAGGUUUCCCGUACUGGCCAGCGAAAGGUAUGUCGGUUAGUAACGCGGGUAUGGUUGACGUGAGAUUCUUUGGUGCACACGACCGCGCCUGGGUACCAGCCAAGGACUGCUACCUGUACUCCGAAAAAGACCCCAACAACUUUCGCACAAAGAGACAAGAUAUUCUGGAUAGUAUGCAGGAAGCGGAACAACAUAUACGGAAUAUAUCACGAAAAUACGGGAAAUUCGUGUAUCCACCAUUUAAAACGCAGUUCGAACCAUUAAAACUAAAUGAACAGCUCAAAAUAAUGAUACCGUCUUUUGAAGGUGAAAUACGUACGCCUAUAAAAGAGAAGAGGUUGUCGAACAGCUCAUCACCAUUGGUAAAAGAUAAAAGCAGAUCACACCAUAAAAGUUUCAAGUACUCCGCCCAUGAAGGUGAUAUGAGUGAUGGUGAGGAAACAGUACUAUCUCGCAAGAUGGCUGACGGUGCUGAAAUUGCAAGAGUGGAUGACGACUUUUCUAUUGAGAAAGACACGACAAUGGAAGGAGACAAAUCUUCGUCUCGAAUUAAAGAUAAAGAGUCUUCUAGAAAACGACGUCGCUCGAACAUGGAAGAGGCUAUUAUUACUAUAAUGGAUAGUAAAGAGAAAAGGAAACGUUUAAGGAACGAGAAUAAAGUUAAUUCGCAAGAACCUAGUUGUAGUAGUAAUGAUAUUGAAAUGAAGGCGUUACACAACAAAGGUAAAGAUACAAACGUAAAGAAAGAAGAAGUAACAAGUUUAUUGAAGGUGAAAAGCAGUGAACCUGCAAAUAUACUUUCAAAUAAAAGUGAAAUUGAUAAAACUGUACUUAAGGUAGCUCCUAUUAAAAUAAUAGCAACACCCAAAGGAAAUAGACAGAUAUUUAAAACAAGUACCCCUAAUGAUGCGGAUGAAGUUGAUAAAAGUACUUCUCAUAAGCAAAAGUCGAAAUCGCAUAAAACCUCUCAUGAUAAAGAUAGGAGGAAAAGUAAAGAUGAAAAGUCAAGACAUGAAAAGCGCAGAAAUUCACGGCAUAAGAGGUCAUUGAUCAAUGAUAGCAAUUUAGAAGAUAAACAUGACAAAAGCGACGAAAACAUAAUUGACAAAAGUACUGACAGCAAAAAUAAUAGCAUAUCAAAUAAAAAUUUAAGCAGUGUUAGUCUAGUGUCUACUGAUAAAUCUAAUAAGCAAAACGGUGAGAAUCUUCAAGAUUGUGUGGUAUUUGACGAUGAUACAAGCUUAGCAGUAAUAGCUAGGGAAACAAAAAGUAAUAGUAAUCACAUAUCGUGUCUUCCUACCAUUAGUUGCGUUCGAAGCCUGUCCACUAUAGCUCAGAGCAGUAGUACAACAACAACAACUACCACCGCGUCCAACAAAACUCUAGAAGUUACUAUCGAACCUACAGAAUCAAAUAUUUUUAGAACAACAAGUACAGAAAACGUCCGAAAUAUGAAGGAGGCUGCUUCCAAACUAGAAAAGCUUAGAAACAACGCUGAUAAACCGGUGGUUGGCCGCGUGGGGGUUCGAGCUUUCGCGCGAAUGGCGUCUUCACCAGAGAAGCAACCGAAUAAAGACGUCGAAGUAGAAAUUAAAGCAGAACCAGUGGAUUUAGAUGAUGCUGAUCGGCACAACGAAAAGAUGGAUUUGAUGAACGCGUUCCAGUUACGACCAGUAAAUCCACAAGCUCCAAGUUUGCGAGAAGUGAGGAUCAAUAAGGUGGUAGUGACUCCUGUAACCGCUAAAAAAGUACCCGCGAAAAUUACAGAGGUGAAGCCGAGAGCGAAGAAGACGUUUCCGGUGCCGCGGAAGCCUGAUGAGAAUCGGUCGGAGCUGAAUGGCAAGAACUCUAUGGUUUAUAUUCCCAUACAGCCGCCGGCUACUCCCGGACCAGCACCCCGUCCGCCGCGUCCUGCAGUACUUCCCUCAAAUUCCGUGCCACCACUUCGGGCGAAGACGCAGGUGAUCACUAGUAUUGCGAACGUGGUGCACACGUCAUCAUCAGUGAUACCAGCGCUGGGCGCGGCCAACCCGAGCCCUCCGCUGUUGCCGCUGGUGUCGGCCGCCGGGCCCAGCGUGCCCACCACCGUGCACACCGUGCCGCUCAUCACCUCCGUCAACGGCCAGUGGACCUUCAGUCUACAGCCGAUCAUGUCCGUGGGCGGUCUCGAUGGUACACAUUCUCCGCCCCUAAUAAACGGGUUACCAGAACGUAACUCUGGUACCAUAAUGCCGCUGUCGGCUGCGGCUGCUCUCGCUGCCGCCUCUAAUACCUCGCAGCAGCAGUCUCCUGCGCUGCCCUCGAUAACUGCCCCCGCGCCUCAAGUUACCGCAUCCACGCCUGCAGUACCCGUCAAAGUCAUCACACCCGUCACACCCGCCACACCUGGUACACCUGGAACGGCUUCCACGCAGCUUGCACCCAAGUGCAGCUGCAUUACCAAUGACGCCUCUGCUAAAUCUGGAGAGCUCCCUCGGUUGCAACAGCGGCCGGCGUUGAUGAAUCCGUUGGAUACCAACACGCCCGUCGGCCUGGUACCGCCUCCAUCUACUGCCGGUCCUGUCACCGCCAAACUCAAUCAGAAUGCUGUUAAGUUGACAGAUUUCUUCCGUACACUACUGGAGGAUACUUUAGAGAAGGUGGACGACCCAUCGUCGCAACUGGCCACCCUACGGAUGCAGCUAGAGCGAUGCAAGUGGCGGCACCAACAAGAGGUCGACGAGAUCAAACACAAUCACGAUUUGACAUUGGCUGAGAUGCGAGCUUCAUUCGAGAGGGAGAAGAAACGGGCAGUGAGCGAAGCUCGCCGCGCUGCGCAGGUUGAUCUUGAAGCUGCCGUUAAACUUACCAAGUCGAAGCAAUGGUGCGUAAACUGCAGCCAAGAGGCACAGUUCUACUGUUGCUGGAACACGUCGUACUGCGACUAUCCGUGUCAGCGCGCCCACUGGUCCCAGCACUAUGCCGUCUGCGCGCAACAGCGAUUGCAGGAUGGCAUCAACAGCAACGACAAAAUAGGAACCCCACCAGAAAGCAGACUACAACCACAACCAGACCUCCCAGCGUUACAGAAAGCGGCACCAGAGCUGGCGGCCGCCAGCCCCUUAGCGAGGCUGGCGCCCGACCACAACCAAAAGACUUCCAUUAUAAUGAGCAUGGUCGAGGAUACGAGCGGAAACCAGACGAUGAAGUGCGUUGGCACUUACAAACCGGCCGCGUCCAGCUCCGCGCCCGCACCUAUCCCGCCAGUCACAAUUGUAAACAAACAAGUAAUCGCCGCUGACGAUAACAACGCGUCUAAGAAGGUGGUGACCUCAGGCGGUUAUCUGAUAGUGGGGUCGAACAACAACACCCCUCUGGUGACUGCGGGUCGUCGUUCCCACGCCAUCCAAUACUUCACGUGAACCGCAUGCAUACGUAUGCACCGAACACGCUGUGAUUUUAUUCAUAACUAACUGUAAACCGCGGUUAUAUCUGCCCGGAUUAGGAUUAAAAAUAUUCUAUGUACCAUGAUAAAGUCCAUCUGUGUUUCAAGGUUUGUUCAAAUUGAUUCGGCUAUUUAAAUACGAUUCUUAAGAUCUUAUGAAGUGAAAGAAGUAUGAAGAUAUCUUAUCUUGUGUAUAAGAUUUGUCAAGUAUCAAGUGUGUUGAAAAUCUCUUCCUUUUUCAAAAGUUGUCAGUUCUCUAGUGGGGUCCGUCUGAGAGUUGAAUGAUGGAAUGGCUGACCAUCCUAUCCUGAGGGUACACACUCUGUCUAAGUAACAGUGGAAGAUAACAGUCUGAGGAUGAAUUAGGUCAAUAAGCCACGUCAAAAAUUCUUUACAAUUUAAGCACUAAUGUUUCCAGAUAUUUAUUGUUAGUGUUUCACAAGACGCCAGAAUCAACCAAUCCAUCCUUCCAUGUUUAAGGGGUUGCUCAAAACGUAACGUAAAUUUGGGUAUCCAACAGAGAACUGACAAAGAUGACAGGUCGAGUUUAGUAAGGAAGAGCUUAUUGGGUCUGACUUACUUGAUAUAUUCAUAAUAAUGCUAUUCGUAUGUCCAUAGUUGACGUUAUCAAUUAUCGUCAGAUUAGUCUUUUUAGCGUAAAUAGAAAUCUCAAUGUCUGAAUGAAUAU